UAAUUUAUCAUAUGAUUUUUAUAGCAUGAUUUGCACAAAAAAUUUAGUGGAAAGUGAUUUACCUGAGUUUGUUUCAUUACUGACAACAUUGGAUGCUCAGAUCAAAGAUUCAAUACCUUAUAUAAAUAGUCUACAGGAAAAAUUUGGUGAAAUAUCUCGUGAUGAUGGGAUGAGCUAUCUUGAAACCAAAUGUCAUCUUUUUCUUGAGUAUUUAAUUGAUGUUGCAUAUCUUAUGUUAAUUAAAAUGGAUGGCAAGUCUCUGGCAGAUUAUUCUUGUGUUGAGCGCUUAGUUCGAACAAGAACUAUUCUUGAAAAGAUACGCCCAAUUGACAAAAAGUUAACUUAUCAAAUUGAUAAACUGAUAAAAAUGGCUUCCAUUGAAUCACUUAAAGGGGAUGUUCAUCCUUUAAGCUUUAAGCCAAACGUUGAUGAUCUCAUAACUAAAGAAGGUGCUAGUAGCGAUGAAGAUGAAAAUGAUGUAUUAAAAGAAAAAGAAAGUAUUCAGCAAGUUUAUGUUCCACCUAAAGUUACUGCUGUACCAUAUGACGAUGAUGAUCCACUCUCUAAGAAGGAAAAAAGACUUCAGAAGUCCAAAAAACAGCUUUUGAGUAAAAGUUUACUUGAAGAUUUGCGAACAGAGUACAGUGAGGCACCUGAAGAGAUAAGCAGUAGGAGAAAUAGCAAGAGAGCAAGAAUCCAAGAAAAAGAAGAAGAAAGAAGAUGUUUUGAGGAAGAUAAUUUGCGAAGACUUACGCUUACUAAAAAAGAUAAAAAAAAUCUUAAAGAACUGAAUUCUCUUGAUGAAGCAGUUAAAAUAGGUUCAUUUCAUGGAGUUGACGAGGAUGAUAGUAGUGGAGGUGAGGAGCCAUAUCGAGCAAAGAAGAAAAAAGGAAAGUUUCAAAAAAAAUUUAAAAAACGCAUGCAGAGAAAGAAAAAAUAAGUUUAUCAAAAAAUUGUUUU